UGUUCAAUACGGGUGUGGAAAUAACGUUCUCUGAGCUUCCCGGUCCCCUCUUUAAUCAUAUUUGCAACAGAACCAGUUUUAGGGCCCCAAAAUAAUCCCACACUCGCAGCAGCAAAUUUUCAUUGAAGUUUUGUAGGUAAUGGGUUCAGAACUAGAAACCCUAACUCAAAUUGGCGGAGAAACAAAUCAGCUUCAGAAAAGACAGAAAAUUGAACCAAAUCCAGAAACCCUAGUAUCACAUAAUGAAUACCAGCCUCAGAAUCUACCAAUACAAAAUUCAGACCACGUUUAUUCUCAGAGUUCUAGGUAUGUAGGAUUUCAUGGACAAGAUCAUAAUACGAAUGCCAUUGAAAUUGCUGCUCAGGAUGCUGUUCUUCGUGAACAGGAAUUGGCUACACAACAAAUCAUACAUACUCAAAGAGAAGCAAGAGGUGGUGGAGAUGAUGCUGUAGAAGCUGACAGGGACAUUCUUUCAGGAAGAUAUGACUCAACUGCUAUAAAGGGGCAUCUGUUGAGAAUGACUACCGAUCAUCGUGCAGAAAUUGCUUCUAAACGUGGAAAUUCUGGGUUGCAUGAAAAAGGCAACAAUGAAAUUGGAAAUGGAUAUGGUACUCCAGGUGGAAGUGCUUACUAUGGUGCCUCAAGGCCUUCUACUACCACGUCCAGUAUGCUCCAAAUAUCUGUUUCCUUAGUUCAUGAAUUGUCAUUUGUAGUAGAUCAGGAGAAAGACUUGGAGUCAAAGGAUUCAACAAAGGAGUUGCCUGAAUAUUUGAAGCAAAGGCUGAAGGCCAGGGGAAUUCUUAAAGCGGACACAGGAAAAGGGAGUUCUGUAGCUACUCCAAAUAAGUUGGACAUACAGCCAAAUCAAGCCACUGCUGUGACAAGGUUGCCACCUGGAUGGGUUGAGGCGAAGGACCCAGCAUCCGGUUCGUCAUAUUACUAUCACGAAAGUACUGGGAAAACCCAAUGGGAGAUUCCUUCUGAGAAUUUUGGUAGUGCACAACCUCCAUAUUUACCUCCACAACAAGAUUGGAUUGAAACAUUGGAUGAAACAUCAGGUUGCAAAUACUAUUUCAAUACAAAAACACAUGUAUCACAAUGGGAAGUCCCAGAAUCACUAAAGAAGGUUCCCUUGCAGCACAAUAACGAGACGGCUUCUAGGAAUACAGUCAACAAUAAUGGGUCAAGCUCAUCCUUCAUGCAAAUUAAAUGCAUGGGAUGUGGUGGAUGGGGAUUGGGUCUUGUCCAAGCUUGGGGGUACUGCAAUCAUUGCACCAGGGUUCUCAAUCUUCCUUAUCAGCAGCACUUCCCCAAUUAUAAUAGUCAACAUCCAUUCAGCAGUACUGCAAAUAACAGAGAAGACUCGAACAAGAUAGUAUCAAAUGAUAGGCCCAGUUCAAAACCCCCUGUGGGCAAGGGUAUCAAAAGUUUCAACAAGAAGCGAACACAAACUGAGGAUGAUGAGUUGGAUCCUAUGGAUCCAAGUGCUUAUUCUGACGCACCACGUGGUGGCUGGGUUGUCGGUCUGAAGGGAGUACAACCACGAGCUGCAGAUACCACUGCAACAGGUCCUUUGUUUCAACAACGACCAUAUCCAUCUCCCGGUGCUGUUCUGCGCAAGAAUGCUGAAGUUGCUGCACAAACAAAGAAACCGGGCUCUCAGUUUGCUCCUAUAUCCAAGAGGGGCGAUGGAAGUGAUGGACUUGGUGAUGCAGACUAAAGCCAGUGACGGAGCCCCGUAGGAUGCACCCAUUUUAAUAAUAUUUUGUUACAUGGUGUCGAUGUUUAUAAUAAUGUCUUUUCUUUUCUUUUCUUUCUAUGUUAUGGUUGAUACACCUUAAGGAAAGCAAUGCCGAAAGAAAGAUGUCAAAAGUGGUGUACUGGAAAAUUUUUCCUGCAAUCACCAAGGGUUGAUUAGAUUAAUUUAGUUCUACCACAAGGCGGUGUUAUCUUGUGCUUAUUUAUUUUAUCUCGAUUUCCGUGUUC